CAACAUAAUACAGUCCAACUCUCGUAGUUCACCUGGUCUCGCGAGAGCACACUGCUCCCAAAAAAAUGGACCUCGGUGGGAACAGUGGGCUUCCUGUAAACAAUAAACAGAGAGCUAUGUUGCCUAACAAAAGCAGGGUCGAAUUUACCCGAAACCCAAGAAAAGAUUCAGAGGGGCUCUCGGAGUCUCCAGACCUCGAGUUCGAAUAUGCUGAUACAGACAAGUGGGCUGCAGAGCUGUCAGGUGUAAUUUAUUAUCUCCACCUCGUUUGUGUCUCAGUUUGUGCUAGGAAGUGGACGGAGCUUGAUGCAGCUCAGCACAGAGCUCAUGCCAUGCGACUGUUGGAUGGUCUGGAGGUGAUAGCCCGGGACAAGAGGCUGAAAGCUGCCAGAGCCAUUCUUUACAUGGCUCAGGGAACCUUUGCAGAGUGCAGCUCUGAGGCUGAUGUGCAGUACUGGAUGAGAUACAACAUCUUUCUCCUGCUGGAUGUGGGGACCUUCUCUGCUCUGGUGGAGCUGCUCAACAUGGAAAUUGACAACAGUGCUGCCUGUAGUAGUGCUGUCAGGAAACCAGCCAUCUCCCUUGCUGACAGCACAGAUCUCCGAGUGCUGCUCAACAUAAUGUACCUGAUGGUGGAAACCAUACAACAGGAUGACCCAGCAGACAAGCCUGAAUGGAAAAUCAUCAGGGAAACCUUCAGAGCAGAACUGGGAUCUCCUCUGUUCAACAACGAGCCGAUGUCCGUCAUGCUCUUCGGUAUGGUAACCAAGUUCUGCAGUGGUCAUGCCCCUCACUUCCCAAUGAAGAAGGUGUUGUUGCUGUUGUGGAAGAGCAUACUGUUUACACUCGGAGGGUUUGAGCAGCUCCAAAGCAUAAAGGUUCAUAAGCGUGUGGAGCUGGGUCUCGCCCCUCUCCCAGAGGACAGUAUUCGAGUCAUUCGCAGUAUGAGGGCCGCUUCUCCUCCUGCGUCUGCAUCCGACCUCAUAGAGCAGCAACAGAAACGGGCGCGCCGUGAACACAAGGGGUUAAUCAAACAGGACAACCUUGACGCAUUCAACGAAAAGGAUCCUUACAAGGCUGACGACUCUCGUGAGGAUGAGGAUGACAGCGAUGACAAUGACAACUCUGUAGAGCCAGAAACUUUCCCUCUAGAGAGGGACGAGGUGAUGCCUCCGCCUAUUCCUCACCCUCCGUCAGAUAGGGUAUCGUUACCCAAAGGACUGCCGUGGGCUCCUAAAGUCAGGGAAAAGGACAUUGAAAAUUUCCUGGAAUCAAGUAGAAGUAAAUUUAUUGGGUACACACUUGGAAAUGAUACAAAUACAGUUGUUGGCUUGCCUAGGCCAAUUCAUGAGAGCAUUAAGACCUUAAAGCAGCACAAGUACGUCUCCAUUGCUGAGAUACAGAUUGCAAAGGAGGAGGAGUUUCAGAAAACCCCUCUGUCUGGGGGUGAAGAGGAGGUGGAGAUGUCCUCCAUUGAGCUGCUCUAUCAGGGAAUUCUGCCCAGUUUGCCUCAAUACAUGAUCGCUCUGCUGAAGAUCCUGCUCGCAGCAGCUCCGACUUCCAAAGCCAAGACCGACUCCAUCAACAUCCUGGCAGACGUACUGCCGGAGGAGAUGCCGACCACAGUGUUGCAAAGCAUGAAACUUGGUGUUGAUGUCAAUCGACACAAAGAGAUCAUUGUGAAGGCUAUCUCUGCCAUCCUGCUGCUGCUUCUAAAACACUUCAAACUUAACCACAUCUACCAGUUUGAGUACAUGGCUCAACACCUGGUGUUUGCGAACUGCAUCCCCCUCAUUCUGAAGUUUUUCAACCAGAACAUCAUGUCUUACAUCACCGCUAAAAAUAGCAUUUCAGUACUUGACUUUCCCCAUUGUGUGGUGCAUGAGCUCCCGGAGUUAACUGCAGAGAGUUUGGAAGCAGGAGACAACAAUCAGUUUUGCUGGAGGAAUCUGUUCUCUUGUAUUAACCUGCUAAGGAUCCUCAACAAACUAACCAAGUGGAAGCACUCCAGAACAAUGAUGCUAGUGGUGUUUAAGUCCGCUCCCAUCCUGAAGAGGGCGCUGAAGGUCAAGCAGGCCAUGAUGCAGCUGUAUGUCCUCAAGCUGCUUAAAGUGCAGACCAAAUACCUGGGACGUCAGUGGAGGAAGAGCAACAUGAAGACCAUGUCUGCCAUCUACCAAAAGGUCCGACAUCGGCUUAAUGACGACUGGGCCUACGGGAACGAUCUGGAUGCUCGUCCUUGGGACUUCCAGGCCGAGGAAUGUGCUCUGCGGGCCAACAUUGAACGCUUUAAUAGUCGCCGCUACGACAAGAGCCAGAGCAACCCGGACUUCCUGCCUGUGGACAACUGUCUGCAAAGUGUCCUGGGACAGCGGGUGGACUUGCCUGAGGACUUCCAAAUGAAUUACGACCUUUGGCUGGAGCGGGAGGUCUUCUCCAAACCUAUUUCCUGGGAAGAACUGCUACAGUGAGAAUCUAAACAACUUUUUAUCAACAAAAGUUUCAGUCAGGCAUUGAGACAACAGUUCAACAGACCAGCAGUUCUCUCAGCAGUAUGUUACAUGUUCUGUACACUGAAGCGGACGGAUGGAUCUAACUCUAAAGUUGCCCAGGUGUAGAUUUUCAAUCAUAACUUUUACAGUUUUGUUUAUGUGACAAACUAUUGAGACUCCCCCACACUGAUGCCACCCAGUUUUUUUAAUGAAACAGCUAACAAAUAAUUCAGUGCUAAAUCUCGAAUGUCACAUGUGAACUUAAACUCCACCCCUACCUUUACAUAUACAGGUAUUUGCUCGGUGUGCCACUUACCUGCUAAAGUCGUCCUGUAAUUUUUACCUUAAAGCACUACAUGACAGUUUCUUCUUAAUUUUGAAGAGAUUUAUUUGGAAUAAAUGGUAUGCAUGUACUGCUAAGAAUAACAAAGGCAGCACAUUUAGGAUGUUAAUAAAUACAAGAUUCCCUAGUAUAUCGUAUAUAUCUUCUUCAGAGAGAUGAAAGGAAUUAGGUGGAGGCUUUAUAUAAUUUAUCAUAAUUACUGGUGUACAAAUAAAAACAGGUUUUACUUUUUAUUAGUUAUUAGCUGAAAGGGACAAACAUCCGUUCACUUGACUUCCUCUUUGUUGUUCUGCUCUAUUUGCAAAUGAUUUAAAUUGUAUUUGAAUUGUGAGUUUCUCUCUAAGUGCUGCCUACACACCUUUUAUAUGGGACCAUGGAGGCAGCCAUUCAGACCUCCACUGACCACCAGGCAUGACAUUACAGCCUUGAUCUUAUUUUUUUUUAACCUAGAGUAACACAUUCGUAUCUUAAUUAGUUUUUGUGUGGAAGGAUUGGUUGCACAUGUUCAAAUGAUUUGAUUGUGUGAAAGAAAAGAGAAACAUUUAAGUUUCUGAUUUUAAAUCAGUGGUUUCUGAGCUUCACUCAUCAGACAGUUACUUUCCAGUUACAGUUACCCAGUUUCCUGUCUUUUCUUUAUUUUUACAUUUUUAGUUUUGUUUUUUUAAUAUAGGUUAAGGUUAAGGAAAUAAGAAUACAUGUAAAUUGUGAAACUUAUUUAUCAUGUCUUUGUUUUAAAUGGACUCAAAUACUGUAAUAAAAUGAUACUGU